AAUGUGCUAACCAUACAAGAUUGUUAAACUAAUAACAAGACAUAUAUGAAUAAUUUCAAACAAUAUUGCUUAAUUACUUUGACUUAACUUAUCUUUAAUUUUAAAUUUUAAUUUUCCUCUACGAUUUCAAUCAUUAUUUUUACAUACUCUGAAAAUUAUCUUGGAUAAUUUAAAACAAGAAGCUAAGAAAAUAUCUAAUGUUUCACCUUCGAAACCUUUGAGUUUAGUAGUACAUGCUAAUAUAAUGGCUUGGAAAAAAAACUAUUUCGAAUACUCAUGUUGUCGACGAUUUUGUAAAUACGAUCAUUUACAAAGAAAACGAUGAGACUGGAUGUAAUCACAAAAAAGAACAAUUUCCUAUGACUAGUAAGUAGAUAGUAACUUAUGCCAAUGAUAUUAGGAUGGCGCGUAUGGAUUUGACUUUUAAAUCCAUCAUAAAAGUUUUGGAAACAAAAUUAUACACAUUUUUUGUUUCAUUUAUUACAAUUUGUAGAUUAGGGUUAAGAAUUUUUAAUACAUUACAACCCUUUAAUUUUUGCAAAUUAAUUGUUUAACUCUAAUAUUGUUUUUCGCCAGUUCCAGUUUUAUUUCUAUGAAACUAUAUCUACAUAAUGUGUAUACUAGUUAUGGUUUAGCUCUAUAAUUUCUUCUAGUAGUAAAUUCUUACAAAAUAAAGAUACGCGAUAAUGGACAAUCCAUACUCGAUUAAAUUCACAUUUGUAAACCCAAAUUUCUGUAAAUGAUGGAGCGUAUUAGCAUUUACAAAAGUUGAGAAUACGUAUAAACAAUGGUUAAAUUCGAUUGGCAGGUUAUUUCUUAACAACAAAAUAACUUAAAAUAUUAAUAAUUUAGAAAUAUUCUAUUUUGAUAGUAUUUAGUUUAAACAAUAAGUAUAUUUAGUUUUUCUACAUUUUCUAAAUAUAUUAGAGAAAACCCAUAUUAACGGUCACAUUUUAUUUAACGUUAAACUGCAUUAAUUAAUUUCUUAUGUUCACUUGAAAAUACGUUUAUGUUUGUAUUUGAGUGUUUAAUCUCUUAUAAAUAUGAGACAAAAUUUCAUUCUAAAAUACCAGAUACAAACAUUUUAAUAUAUUAUAUUAAUAACAUUUGCCACUUAUUUCGAAAACAUAGGCACAAUGGCUCACACUUCUUCCCGAACUACUAUCGUAUUCAUUGUUGUUGCUUUGAUUUGUGCGUUCGUUCCUGCAUUCUCUGUUGAAGAAGCUGAAGCAAAAUCACUAUGGGAUACCUGUCUUCUUAAAAUCAGUCCAAAAUGUGCGUUGGAUAUAAUUGGUGUUGUCUUUGAAAAUUUAACCAUCACUGAUGCAUGUUGUCAUGAUCUUGUACAAGAAGGAAAAAUGUGUCACGAUACUCUUAUCAAAUAUAUUGCUGAGAAGCCGCAUUUAGUUGCCCACGAAACAGAGUAUUUGAAGAAAAGUGAUGAUUUGUGGACUCAUUGUGUCUCAGUUUCGCAAACUGCUUAAAAAUAUGUUAUGCUUGUAUUG